CUGCACGAACCCCAUGACCAUGAUGACCCCGUGAUGACAUAAACAGCGAUGCACACUGCGCAAAGAGGCACCGCGGGUCACCCUGGCGUGGAUAAAAGGCUCUCCAUGAACAACGCCCACUCAGUGCCCCUUCUCUUCUCUCAGCCCGCCAGUUUUGUGCCCAAUCGGUGGUGUUUCUGACUCCGACGACCAUGAACAUUAUCCUCAACUCUGCAAGCGCAUCCGCAACUGUUGUCCCAUCCACAAUCAUCGUCUUUCUUCCGGACGUGACUGAACAACACCAGGAGGAUGUCCGAAAUAGUUUUGAGUUUGCUGCGAGGGCCGCAACUAAGCAAGCCUCGGGAAUCGACUACGCCAGGUGGCACAGAUUUUUUGGCGUCGUCCUUCAUAAUAUCCACUGGUUCACUGUGCAGGUUGAGUUAGUCUCUCUGAAGUUCGUUCAUCGUCUCUCGUUUCUAGUUCACCUUUAUUUCAGGUCCGAACGAGCGAUUCGGAGACCUGUACUCGACGUUAUCCACGUAUCCGACUCAGAACGCCACCUUGCCAGUGAAGCGUUGAGGGCUCUCCAGAAUCCAGAAAACGAGGAAGCUUUACUGCUGUUCUGUGACCAGCACCCAGAUAGUAAAGCCGCAAAGGAAGACGUUCGCCGGUUGUUUUUCGGUGGAGGUGGAGAAUAUAUUAGAAGUGCCAAGUUCCAGCUUACCUUCUGCUCGGAAGCGAACGGAGACGUGAUUGCAUCGUCUUUCUUUAUUCAACUCCGCAGCAGCAGAGCAGAGGAAGUCACUAUCGAUUUCCACCAACACGGUUUGAAUACUCGCCUAUUUGAGAGGGUCCGUUUUCCCUUGAAGAAGAAACUUGAGGAUUCUGGAGAAUCCAAGCAGAUACUUGUCGAGUACUAGUACUCGGACUAGGGGGUGCAAAGAUGGAAUGCAAUGGACCGAGCGUAUGACUCCUUUUCUUACGGUGUACAUAACUGAUUCAGACGGCCCUUCCUAUACAAACUUCUUGUAACUUCUCAUUGCUUGAUAUGAGUAGUCAGUGCCAUAUCCCCAUCUGAAUUGCGCCCUUCUCUUCAA